AUGGAGGGCAUGGAUUCCAGCACCAGCUCGAGCAGCUGCAAGGUUUCGAUGAUGUUCAAUUUCGACACCAUCGAUGCCUGUUUCCUGUCCGCAGGAUGGCAGAUCAAGAACAAUGGCAUGUUUGCCGCAACCUGUAUUGGCACAAUUCUGCUGGUCGUGUUAGUCGAGUUCUGUCGGCGCAUUGGUCGGGAAUAUGACAACUUCCUGACCCGCCAAUUUGAGCGCCAAGCCCUACACGGCACGUUUGUCAGGAGAUUUGAAUCUGCCAGAACCGCCGUGACAUUUCGCGCGACGCCGUUACAACAAUUGACGAGGGCUGUGAUUCAUGCAGUCACGUUUGCGGGGGCUUAUAUCACCAUGUUGUUGGCCAUGUACUUCAAUGUCUAUGUGAUUAUUUGCAUCUUCAUUGGUGCGGGACUGGGCAAGUUCUUAUGUGAUUGGAUGGUUGUCACAGUGGGAAUAGAUGACGUGCAGGAAGAGAUACGGAAAUUGGAGGAGACAACGAUAUGUUGUGAUUGA